AUGGUGGUGCAACAGGCGAUCGUCGUGAGGAACGCGGGGAAACGGUACGGAAAGGGAGUUCCCAUCCUGAAUGGCCUGAACUUGACCGUCCCUAAAGGCUGCAUAUAUGGCUUGCUGGGUUCCAGUGGCUGUGGCAAAACCACUCUACUAUCUUGCGUGGUUGGCGUGAAAAAGUUAGACAGCGGUGACAUUUGGGUGCUUGGUGGGAAACCGGGAACCGAAGAAUCGGGGAUCCCUGGACCUCGAGUGGGUUUCAUGCCGCAGGAUGUUUCGUUAGUUGCAGAAUUCUCUGUUAUUGGCGCGUUAUACUUCUUCGGAAGGAUCAACGGCAUGGAGGAUCAUGUAAUCGAGGAGAGAUACAUAUUUCUGAGAGAUUUACUGCAGCUACCGCCCAGUAAUUGUUUGGUAAAAAAUAUGAGCGGUGGACAACAAAGAAGAUUGUCCUUAGCGGCAGCUAUACUUCACAAACCCGAGCUGUUGAUCCUCGACGAACCAACCGUCGGUUUAGAUCCAGUUUUAAGGGACAAUAUUUGGAACUACUUAGUGAAGAUCACGCAAGAAGAAGGCGUCACGGUCGUCAUCACCACGCAUUACAUCGAGGAAGCGAGGCAGGCCGACAAGAUUGGAUUACUGAGAUGUGGACUGCUGCUGGCUGAGACGUCACCGCGUGAGUUAUUGGAACAAUGGAACACCGAUUCUCUGGAAGAGGCAUUCUUAAACCUGAGCCAAUUGCAAUCACAGAAUCAAACUCAGUUCAACGUUCAGACGACCAAUUCAUCCACGGAAAUCACCGACGUCAUCAGCGCUAAUUCUAUGUACGACAGCUAUGCUAAAAAGAGCCAAUGGAAACUACAAAGCAGUUCAAAGAAGAGAUGUCAAGCUUUGUUGGUGAAGAAUGGACUUCAGUUCAUGAGACAUCCUGGAGGAGUUUUGUUCUCGCUGCUUCUGCCGAUAGUGGAGCUGUUGUGUUUCUUCAACGCGGUCGGCCAAGACCCGAAAGAACUGUCUAUGUACAUCGUGAAUCACGAGGCUGGCAAUUGCAACGGCGGGAGAAUUCGGGGAACAGUUUUUUACAACGAGACUGAGCGCACCUGUGAUUUCGUAGAUCUCAGCUGUCGAUUCUUGGAUGGGAUUAACGAUUCUGUUGUGGAGAAGAUAUAUUAUGACAAUUAUGAAAAGGCGCACCGUGAUAUUAUGAAGCACAAAAGUGUCGGAAUUAUGCAGUUUAAGCAAAAUUUUUCGGCCAGCAUGAGGGAGAUGCUGGACGAUUUCUUAGCAGUGUCUGAUGAGGCUAUUUUAAGUAGUCGGAUUAAAAUGGAGUUGCAUAAUCCAGAUAGACAAAUUAACCUGUUCAUACAGAAAAAGUUAUUCGAAAGCUUUCUCAACGAAUACGAGAAAAUCAUGAAGGAGUGCAAAAUUUCUCCGAAAUAUGCCGACAUACCGGUUCGUUUCGAACAGCCGAUUUAUGGUACGAAAGAUCAAAAUUACGUGUCAUUUGUUACACCACCGUUCGUAUUGUCAACGUUGUUCAUCAUGGCAACGUCAGUUUGUUCCACUAUAAUUAUCACAGAUCGCAAUUCAGGCGUAUGGGACAGGACCCUGGUUCAAGGUGUCAAAACAUGGGAGAUUCUAAUCACGCACUUGGUAUCGCAAAUCAUGCUGAUUAUACUACAAGUGACGACAGCAUUGUGCCUCACCUUUUUGGAAUACGACGUUAAAUGCAAAGGAUCAAUGGUCAUCGUAAUCUUCCUAGCUGUGCUAGAAGGAAUAUGCGGCAUGUCUUAUGGUUUCCUCAUAUCGGUAAUGUGCACCUCUCACGCUCUGGUCAAUUAUGCAUCAGUCGGAAGCUUUUAUCCGUUGGUGCUACUGUGCGGUGAGUGAUUAAAUGAGUAAUUUAUUCAUUAUUCUCAUCUGAGUAAUCUGGUUUUUUUGCCAGGAAUCUCGCUGAGGGCAGUCCUGGAGAAAGGGAACGCCUUGGACGAUCCGGAAGUAUUCACGGGAUUUUUAGUGGUCUCAGCGUGGAUCGCGGGCUUCAUAGCUAUGUGUUUGAUCCAGUUGAGGGUGAAAUCGACGUAAAAAUCACGCGAGCAUACUAAGAACGUUAAGACGAAACAGAAAAAAGAAGUACCAAGUUAUUUGUGUAAUAGUGAGACAGGAAUAUUAUUUUUUCACACACGUCACAGGGUUGAUUCGUUUUAAUUUUUCUAACGUAGGUAGCGUUUAGUUAGUUCGUAGUUGUAGUCACGGGGAAUCGUGUUAUUUUUUUAUGAUGUAUAAAAUUGUAAUAUGUCUUGUAUAGUCGAUAAGGAGUUACGUUUAAUUUAAGCGAAGGGCCGUGUUGGAACGUCUGAGCUGCGUUUGUGAUAAACUUUGUUCGUAUGGCAAGUUUAGACGUGCGGAAUAAUAACUCUCUUUAGGUUUAUUGUUCUUACUGUAGGAUAAGAUGUUACGCGAGUCGAAGAUGAGUGAGUUAUCGGUUAUUAAUUAAAUAAACAGGAGAAGAGAAUGCUUCAAGAAGGUGAACGUGUCAGGGAUAAAUUUACCUCUUAUUGUAAUUCUUCGUCGAAAUUUCUCGUUUCUACUGUUCUGGGAGCAUGACGAAACGAUCCGUAUCGAGGUUCGAUCUAUAAAAAUGUAAUUCAUCAGAUAGAGGCAACCUCGUUAAAAUGAAGUGUUCAGUAUGAAGUAUUUAAUAAGGAAGAGAAAUGUACAUAGACAGAAUAAAAGAAAUUACACUAUUUUGGCAUCGAUGAAAUAUAAGUUUUCGUUUCUGAUUUAUUUGAUCUCCUCUUACACGUUUCAGUUUUUUUUUUUGUGUUUUUGUUUCACAGAUAUACAUGUGUUACGACAUUCACUAUUAUCGGAGAUUAACAUAGUAUACAAACAUAUACAACGUGCGAACUAUACGUGUGAACUUUUUCUUUACGUUAUUUUUUUUUUUUCUUUUUCGUAACUCGUUCUUAGGCUGGAGUAUGUAUUAUCGAUAAUUCUACUGGGAUACGUCACAUCGACCAUCGAUUCUGGAAUGUCUUUUUGCGGAACAAAGGACCGAAGUAAUUGCGUUUAAAAAGGCAGGAAAACUCAAAGACGUCCGUGAAUAUUGCGGUCUCAAGCGUUAUUCAGCAACCGCGUAAGCUACUUCAAUAUACAGGUAGCUGAAUCGACUCGAUUAUUAUUCGAACUAAAGACAUCACGCAUAAUUCGACGUGACUCGGAAUUGCCUGGCACUUAGGUGAGAGGCCGCGAAAUAAAUCACACAGGGACGCAAUAAAACGUAAGCCUAACCUCUAAAGUUCUACGGUAAUUAUAUCCUCAUCUCGCUUAUUCGACUGUUAUUCCAUUGAACCUGCGCUAAAAAGAACAGUAUUCGGUUGAAUGUGGUGCUUGAUGAUCAAUUUUCUUGGCGAAGACUAUUGUUAAGAGAAAAAGAAAGUUACGUAACACUUAACCCUUUGCAUUCCAACGAUAUCAACUGUGAGAAAUGGUCGACAAAAUUGCAAAAUUUUUAUUCUUUUUUAACGAGAAAAAUAGUUGGAGAGACACUUGGAAGAUUGAUACAACCGUGAUAAAUAGUAAUAAAAUUCUUUUCAGUCCCGAAGGCUGCUUUGCGCAAUUCUGUCAAGUUUGUGGCCAAUAAAUUUCCGGAUGAUUUAAAAUUUUAAUUACUCUCGAGGAACUCGUUAGAUUUUUAUAAAAACAUCGACUCACUUCAACUUUUAAUUACACCGUCUUCGAACUUUUGCUGACUUGUUAAUUCCUUCGAAAACAUCGCUGUCGUUAGACUGCAUAUAGAUAGAUUCUUUCUCCGCUUGCAACUGAUCAGAAUUUUCCUUUUAAUAUUCUUGGAGUUUCGUAAAAACUUGGAAGCCUCGUAAAUUUGCCCGUAGAAAUCUGUUUGAGCGCAAAGGUCCAAGUGUUGUACAAACAACAGUACACGAGGGAAACAAAGUAAUAUCGUUCAUCGACGAAUUACCACGUAAAUAGUCGUACACGCUAAUCUUUACAAGCAAGCUUUCUCGUUGGUAGAUAAAAAAAAUUCUUAAAAAAAUAUUCGUAAUUCA